GACGUCAUCAAAACAACGACUACAGUGACACCAGUUCCCCAAAUCCGCGCCACAACCACACUUCCUCAUCAGAGAGUGUUGAACAGUUGAACACUGCUUCCAGGGACGUCUGUGCUUGUUGGAAAAGCGCCCACAGUCCAAGAUGAAGCCGCUCUGUGCCCUGUUGUUGCUCUUGACAUUGGCAGCCGCUGUCUUCCAGGGCGCACAGGGAAGGAACCCAGGUCUCAAAGCCAAGGUCACCGAGUUUGGACUCACCUAUGGUAUGAAGGUGUUCCUGUCCCUACUGAAGGAUCGCGCCCAACAAAUCAAGAUUCCCGACCAGAGCGGCCGGGCGGAUGUCGUCAUCGGGAAGGUCAACUAUGAGUUCAAGAACAUCAAGAUGUCGUUCAACAUCGGCGGGACGAGCCUUCCCGUGGUGCCCCGCGAGGGCCUGCGACUCCGGGCCAAUGGCGUGUCCGCUUCUCUCAACGGAAACUGGCACUACAAGGCCAAGGUCGCCUUCAUCCCGAUUAGUGACGGAGGCACCUUGAGCCUGUCCAUCAGUGGAGUGUCGCUAGAUGUCGUCAUUCGACUUGGAAAGGACGCCCAGGACCGCCCCACCAUCUCUGUCGGCUCCUGCUCGGCACACGUUGGUGACGUCAGCGUCAAGUUCCACGGCGGGCAAAGCUGGCUGUACAACCUCUUCAAGGGUGCGAUCGAAAACACGGUCAAGAACCAGCUGAACAGUGAGAUCUGUAAGUCCGUGUCGAAGGCCAUCAACGAAGAUGUGGAGAAAUCGUUCGCCCAAAUCAGGGUUCUGGAGCCAGUUGGGAAGUUUGCUGACCUUGACCUUGGGCUGCAGGAGUCUCCAAGUUUCCUGUCGAACUACAUGGAACUCCCGCUGAAGGGAUCCGUGGUGCCCCGUGAUAGCCGUAUCACCGUGCCCGUGUCUCCCGGCCCGAUCCCCGAGGUGCCCGAGACCGCCCGCAUGAUCUACCUGUACGGCUCCGAGUACGUGGGCAACGCCAUCGCAAACAUCUACCACAAGGCCGGACAACUCAAGCAUGUUCUCAAGCCCAAGGACAUUCCCAAGGACUUGCCCUUCAAGCUGAACACUACAUACCUGGCGGGUCUGGUGCCGAAGGUGGGUGAGUUGUACCCGGACAUGGGUGUGGAGCUGGUGUUGAACACUUCCCUGCCGCCCCACCUCUCCAUCCGGCCCGGUCACGCCACCCUGACGGCGUACGGGAAUGUGCACGUGUACGCAAUUCCUCAGAACAAGCCUGCCGUCUAUCUCUUCAGCAUCAACGUGACCAUGGAUCUGGGUGGCGAAGUGAAGCUGAUAGGACAACUUCUGUAUGGUAACGUCUCCAUGGAUCCUAACAAGAUCAAGGUCAGCACAUUCGGCUCGACCAUAGGCCCUGUUCCGACAUUCGGGCUGGACUUCGGGAUCCGUGCACUGUGCGAGAAGACUGUACCAUGGAUCAACAACUACCUGGCUCAGGGAAUCCCGUUCCGUCUGAAAGACGUGCUGUUUGAGAACGCUCAAGUCGUCAUGCACCAGGGUUUCAUCUCCAUCGGCACAGAUGUCAAGUACACAGGGCUGUUCUACUCCCACAAUGUCCUGGGACAGAGCUUUGCAGCUCGGACUCCUAUUGGUCAGCUGUGCCGCCGUUUUGGCGGGAAAGUCGCCAGGCGCGCACAAGUCUUCAAGAGGAUGAUUCAGAGAAACGUGGACAACAUCCGCAUCCCUCCCUCCAGCGGGGAAAUAGCGUCCCCUGUCGGAACUCUGAAGUACUACAUCAAAAACAUGGAACUUACCGACUUUUACAUGGGGCAGUCGCGAAUGGGCGUGGUCCCUGGUGUCGGGGUGAGGAGUAACAUCUCCGUGGACGCCGCGGCAGUGAAGGGGGCCUGGGGAUACCAGCUCAAGAGUCUCUUCCCUAUGACUGACAGCGGGACGUUUGACGUCAGCGUGGAAGCAGCUUACAUCGAUAUCGUCAUUACCGUCAUGCAACACAGAACGGGACGCCCGACAGCUUCCCUGGCGUCCUGCGAGGCGGGCAUCGGGAACAUGGGCCUCAUCUUUCACGGCGGCGCUAGCUGGCUGUACAACCUGUUCUCCCCGGUCAUCGUGGCUGAAUUGAAGAUCCAACUUAGCGAGAUGUUGUGUGACGCCGUAAACAAGUCGGUGCAUGAGAGAAUGGACGGAGGAAUGGCGAGAACCCCAGUUAUUGUCCCGCUGGUUGGAGAUAUCUACGUCGACAUGACGAUGGUGGAUGACGUAGUAUUCAGCAUUGGUAACUGUCAGACUCUCAUGAAGGGAACUACCCGCCUGAACGGGACCAAUCCCGAUGCAGGACUCCAACCACGUGACCUGCCCAACACCAACUACACCGGCGCCCCGCGCAUGAUGUACUAUGAUGUCACCGAGUACUUCUUUAACAGCCUGGGACAGGCGUUCUUUCAGUCAGGGAUGUUGUCUGCGAUAAUCAAGGCUUCAAAUGUUCCUAUCGACAGUCCGAUUCAGCUCAGACCGUCCGACAAAGUCAUCAAAACAGUCUUACCAAAGGUGCAUGUGAACGCGUCGGCCCCGCCCAAGCUGUCAAUCACCGAGGAAGGAGCUGUGCUCUCAUUGGCUGGGCGGGCAGUGACGUAUGCCUCCGACCGCGGGGGGGAAUUAACACGUUUAUUUGGUGUUAAACUUGUGAGUAUUCAGCAUUGCUUUAUCAAAGGUGGAAAGAGUAUAAACUCAGGUUAG